AGAACACCAAACUGUCAAACCGUAUCGAACGCCCUUGUCCCCGUGUCGCGAGCUUGCUUGUUCAAAGUGUGUUAUGAAUUUUAUUGGGCAUUGUUGUGUUCGCUUCUCGUCGGCUUCGUCUUCGUAAUGGCACAAUGAAAACGAAUCCUGUGUUGUGUUUAGUGAUUAAAUAACAAUGCGCGUCGCUGCCGACUCGAGUGCUGUGUUGUGAAUACUUUAGUCUUGGUGCCGAUCUAAAAUGACCGAGAAAAAUAAAUCGGAAAAGAUGACUAAUUCAUCGAAACCUGUUCCCAUGAAACUUUUUGCCGCCUGGGAAGUGGACAGGACGCCAUCCAACUGUAUUCCCAGACUAUGCACGUUGCGAGUGACACGGUUGCGCGUGUGCGGCGCGUUGGGCGAGGCGGGCGGCGGCGCGGCGAGCGGCGCGGGCGCGGGCGCCGUGAUCCUCGCGGCCCGCAUGCACAGCAGCAAGCGUACGCUGCGCUCCAACGACAUCGCCGUACCGCCACUGGACGUCGAACUCGAUCUCUGCUUCUCCUUGCAGUACCCUCAUUUCGUCAAGCGAGACGGCAACAGAUUACAGAUCAUGUUGCAGAGGCGCAAGAAGUACAAGAACCGUACAAUACUAGGCUACAAGACUUUGGCCGAGGGCGUCGUCAGAAUGGACCAGGUCCUCCAAAGGUCAAUGGACAUGGAGUUGGAGCUGACUGGAGUUGGCGGGAAGGUGGGCGCAGCUGCGGGCCAGCCCGUGGCCAGGCUGACUAUCACUGGCCUAGCGUCUACCCCAGUGGACCACGACACCAAGAACAACAACACGCUGCUAAUUACUGAGCGAGGCUAUUCAGACGAAGAAGAAGAAGGCGAGUUCAGCUCAGUGGAGGAAGCUGACGAUAUGACAUACGGUGCGCAGGCGCGGCGGCGGGCGCACCGGCAGUUAGCAUUCAAUAAAGAAGACCUGUCUUAUACCAAGCUCUCGCGUUCUCGCGACUUGAGCUUCAUGGAGCGCGAGAGAAAGAGACAGAGCUAUAUGCACUCGAAGGCGAACGACAGGGACAGCGAUAGCGAGCUGGAAAACACAGCUAAACGCAAGGGUAGCCGCGGAAAACUCGCGCAACGCAACCUGAAGCAGAAGUUCGCAGCCUUGUUGCGGCGGUUCCGAGUGCCCGAGGAGCUGUCGGAGCGAGGCGCGACGCGGGACACGCAUCACGCGCAACGGGACAUCGAUGAACUGUUCCAGGAACUGGACUCCCUAUCGUGCGGGGAGGGCGAGGACUCCGGGCCGGACCAGAUGGACACGAUCAGCAUCGGCUCCACGCCCAAGCCCUCGCUGCGGCCCUUCUUCAGCAGCUCCAGGAGUCUCGCCAACCAGGACCACCACAGGCAUUCCAACGUGGGGCGGCACUCGAGCCUUGCGACCGGCGAGCUCGCCUGCGUGCGCGAGCGACACAUCAGCACCGUCCCGCUCACAGAAUCGGAGGCUAUCCGUAGCUCAGCGGGGGACGAGAGGGGGAGCGAGGGGAACAGCGACGGGGACGCCACAGCCGACGCGGCGGUUUCUGGCGCUUCCGUAUCUAGUUCCCCCCCUAAUGAGACCAAAGUGGAGGACAAACGCUCAAGGUUAUUUCGGAGCGCCACCAGCGGCGGGAACCUCACGCCUGCGUCAGCUGGUCGCAAAAAGAACUCCCUGGUCAUUGGCCCUGAUCGACCGCUGUCUGCCCACGAACUACCAGCGCAGAGUCCAACUACCCUGGAGCCGCGUCGCACGUUGAUGGAGCAAGUGAGCCGGCUGCUGGGCGAGCUGGGCGAGGAUAGCCCGGUGCCCGAGUGCGUGGGCGUGACGCCGGCGGGCGCUGCGGCCGCGGCGCUGGCGGCGCUCGGUGUGCCCGCGCUCGUGGUGCCCGCGCCCCUCGCGCCCGACGUGCGCCCUCUGCUCACCGCGUUGCUGGGCCGUCUUAACAAGGGAGCGCGACGGGCGGCGAUUCGUGUAGCUGUGUGCGGCGGCGACAGCGCGGCCGCGUGUGCGCUGCGCGCGCACGCGGACCUGGCGGCGCGGCGCCCGCACGACGCCUCGCUGCUGCGGUAUUAUUUUAUACCGCUCGGGCACACCACGGUGUCCCGUCACCUGAGCGCUGUAGAUCACGGCUACGCGAGUCUGUUCGGGGGGGAGACGUGGGCGUCGCUCUGCGAACGCGCGGCGGACAACGGCAUGCCCGAUAUAGCGGAGAUGUCUUCCAGGAUCGCCAGGUAUCUGAACAGCAUCGGCCCUGUGAACAACGUGCCAAUAGGGGAGGCGAUGGUCGCCUACCGUGAGAGGUCGGGCGACGAGGACGCCAGCCAAACCUUCGUGCCAUUCAUUGCGGAGGUCCGCGUGGGCUGCAGCGAGGGCGGGCCGUCGUCGCUGGAGCUGGAGGAGGGCGGCUCCCCCCCCGCGCGGCCCUCGCCCCCCGCCACGCCCGCGCCCGACCCCGCGCCGCCGCCUCUCGAGCCGCUCGAGCUGCAGCUUGAUUACUGGCUGGUGCCGGGUCGCGCGGCGGAGGGCGCGGACGGCAAGGUGACAGUUAAGGCGAUGUUCCGCGCUCUGCACGUCACGAGGCACAACGCACACCUCUCCAUCACCUACCUCACUAAGGAGAAGAAGCAGAAGAUAAUGCGGCUGGGUAAGAAGAAGGAGAAGUCAGGCGAAGCGGAGGUGGGACGAGCGCAGACGGUGGAGGGGGUGUCCAGACUCAUCUGUUCCGCCAGGGGCUCUCACAACGUGCCGAUGAAAGUAUACAUCGACGGCACGGAGUGGAACGGAGUGAAAUUCUUCCAAGUGUCAAUGCAGUGGCAGACGCACGUCAAAACCUUCCCAGUGGCCACCACCGGCGUCCCACUAGCGCCACCGGAAACCUAAACCACCGAGUCUUACAAUCUGGUAUUCAUGCUUUAGCUUCCUUCGGGGAACCUCGGCUGUUUCCGCCUAUCGCUCGGCUCGGCGAAAAUGGGACUAAGAUACUCUUCUGAUAUGUAGCGAUUACUAAAGUUUAUGCUGUUUAUCUACAUUAUGUUUAUCUAUGGCAUAAAUUUAUAGAGACCUAUAUGCUAAAGAUAAAAGCAUGUCUCGUUAUUUAAAAUGCGAAGUUUAUGCUAAAGUGCUAAAGUCAUUACUGAAGUGAAAACUAAACGGUACGGUUUAUUCAUUGGCGUGUCAAAUUAAUUUGCGAUCUCACAAUCAUUGGAGAUUUUUUACGAAGAACAUUAUGUAGUUGUUCCAAUUUUAGUAUUUUUUUUUUAGAUGUAGACAAAAAGUAUUUAACUUUAGUUAUCGUUUUGAAGGCAAAGCCGUCUAAACUCGCUCGACGCGUCGUCGACUGCUCGUCGAUUUUAUAUUUAUUACGCUGUCGAGCUGCCAUGAUUUUUAGCGCGUAGUAAAAGCUUUUGUUAUGUAUUUUGAAUCUAAUUAGAAUGGUUUAAAGUCGAAAACUGUUCGGUAGUUUGUAAUGCAUGCUGUGGUUAUUUAUUCAGGUUACAUAAUAAAAGCUCAAUAACCAUGGUAACUAUCCAUUAUAGUCAUUCAUAGUAUGUAGUUAUAUCGUAUUUAAUAUUGUAUAACCGUAGGUAUGUGUGUACUCGACUUAUAUCGAAAAAUAAUGGUUCGUGACAUUUCCAAUAUGUAAGUUUAGGCUAUUUGGUAAAGAGAGACCGAAUUCCGGAGUGUACAGACCACAAGGAUAUGUAUUCGUAAAAAUAGAUAAACAUUAUAGAUGUUUAUAUGAAUUUAAGAAAACAUGUAUUACAGAAAAUUGAUGUAAAAAACUCAUGCGCAAGAAAUGAGUGACGCAGAUGCAGAAAAUUCGAAAACAUGUCAUAAUGACUCGAUUUUUACGGAUUAUUCGAAUGUUUAUUCGAUUACAUGUAUCAUUGUGGCUGUGAGUCCGGCACAUAUCAAAUAGGUUCGUGCAGGUUGGCGCGAUUUUUUUUAUAUCUGUGAUUCGUGAAUGCAGUUUUUUUAAUAAUUAAUAAGACAACGGAUUGUCGCAGUCAUUUUUGUAUUUUUUAUAAGCAACUGAAGUACUACGUUAGCGAUUUUUUAUUAAUUUUGUACGCGUAGGAGUUCCGACUUAAGUCUUGCUGUUUGCUACCGGCAUCUUCCCUGUCUGCUCCCGAUUUUGUCUUCUAUUCUUUCGUGUCUUAUACAUAUUACAAAAAUGUCGCAUUCGAUAUAGAAUAUUCCGAGCCAACUUUUGUAAUUUCCCCUUGGCUAGUAAAAAUCUUUCAACACUUGGUUUACAGAAUUUAGUCACUGGUGCCAAAUAUACAUUUUAUGUGCUCAGAUUGUACAUAUUAUUAACCGAAGACUUAUUUACUCGGCCAAUCUGUAAUAACUAUUCGCGACAAUGGCAUAAUUUUUCGCUAAUAAAUGCACCCCACAAGUUAUCUGGGGCUCGAUUUUCACGGAAUCGAAAAAAGUUCGAACGAAUGCGUCGAAGUUUUUGGAUUGUAACUCUUAGAAAUAAAUCUAUCCGAUGAUUCUAACAUGGACCGUUUACGGUUGUAUGAAAAUUGGGUCUAUCUGCUUAAAAUUCUAACUCUGGAAAACACAUUCAGUGACUGGAUUAUUGUAAACUCUAAAACUUCUCUCUAGCUAGAUAGACUCUAGGGCAUCUGUUCCGCCGGCCAACGACUGUCUCACAAUAUCAUAGGUUUAUCUUCUCGUGUAUAGCUUCUAUAUUCAAGUCUAAAUGUAAUGUUUAGGAGUAUAGUUGUGUGUAUCUUCGUAUUCGGCUGAAUGUGUGCGUGUGCUGGAUUCUGAAAUACCUACUUAGUGUUUUACCGAAUUUAUGGACAAUACACUUUUUUAUAAAUAGAAAGUUUUGUUCAUAACGCGGACGUAUUGUUUUGGACGCGUCAGAGUAUGUUAUCCUUCCAAAUAUUCAGGUGCUGGUGUUAUAUACCAGUUUGGUCUAAAAUGGACACGUGUUAUUUUCUAAUAUAUUUUCAUUUUACAGAAUAUUAUAUUGCAAGAUAAAUUAUUUCAAAAUUAUAUAUUGGUUAAUAUCGUUUGAUUAACUUUGUAAAUAAAUUUAAGUAGAUUAGUAUAGCGUUUAAAAAACUUACACUUCAGAUGAUUUGUGAAAUUGUUAAAAAUUUAGACUUUUAAAAAUGAUCGAGCAAUGAAUAUUUGGAAGGAGUCCAUUUGACAAUAUUGACCCAUAUUUGCUGCGCGUGCGCUUUCAAGUUGCUGUACAUAGUUGCGUGUUGAGCCACUGCCAUAAGUGGUUGACGGAACCAUAAACUGCCACUGAACACUAAACAAUAACAUCAGCUGCAUCGCAAUCGAAUUUUUACGUUCCGGAUUUUUUUAACGUCAUUUUUAGGUAAAUUCAUCAUUUUAUAUUAUUAUCUUCCAAAUUUGUUGUUUUGACAACGAAAACGUUGGUUUACUGUUCAGUUUUGAUCCACGAAUCUGUUACAACUACUUUCUCUAUACCGGAACGGUAAAAAAAUUGCGUAACGAUCGAGGUUCAACUCCGCGAUCCAACGAAAAUUAUUACGCGAUUGGGAGCUGGUUAAUAUCACCUGACGAUAUCAAGCUGAAAUGAGCUUUAAGAUGAAUGACUGACAGUUCAAUGUCGCUCGUAAGACAAGCGAUAUAGUGUGCGUAUUUUCGUAGUUUCCAGACCAUGUACGAUGCAUAACAGAAAUAUUGAUAACGUUUUCCUCUUGUGGUAGUAGCCUAUGCCGUAAUAUAUCGCUUGAAUUCUUAUCUUAUAUAUUACUAUAAGCCGUUUUAUUCAUGUAUUAAUUUGUUUAUAUUUAUUAUCCCGCGUAUGAAAAGUUUAAAUUCAAUAUGAAAAUGUCUUGGAAAAAUUUCGCUUUAACUUUUAUUUCAAAUACUUUUAUCCUAUAUUUAGAAUUGCCUACAUUAUAUCAAUCAAUAUAUCAGUAAUAUAAUAAUAAAAUAUAUUAUAUUAAACACAAUAGUUAGUAGAGUUUGAAUAAUAUUUGAAAUAGUCGUAUCAAGAAAAUUACUCAAAAUUUAUGGACUGUUUAACUAAUGGUCCUUAUCCUAUUGAUUACCAAAAUAUGUAGACGACUUUAAUCUUAACUCCUCGCUAUAUUUCUUUUAGAAAUAAGCAAUGUAUAUCUAAUACUUAACCAAGUGCGUAAAAUAUUUAAACAGCUUUUUUCAACUAUAGAAAUAAAUAUCUUGGUUUACUCAAAAAUUCUAGUUAUUUUUGAAGUGAAAACUUCUUUAGCGGCGUUGUGCACUUUUUGUGAUGGGUAAAAAAUGAUAAACACGCGUCAGGAUACGUGACUCGAAAAUUCGUAACACGGCAAAGAUGCACAAAGUUUUCACUUGUGGCGGCACUCCAGGAGUGCAACCCGUUAUUAUUACUUUUUUUAUUUAUUCCAGUUUAUUGGAUUGGAAUUAGUCCUUCCCACAAAAGAAGUAGACGCAGCGAUACGGUCGCCGACAACAGAAUCCUAGUUUGGCGGUCAUUGAUACUUGUUGCUUGUAACUUGUGUUUUUCAGUAUGAAAUAAAUGUUGUAAUUUCUUAACAAGUUGGUCGAUCUGUUAUUGAUAGUUCCGACGAAUUGCCACGGGACUUCUAUUGUGGUGCGGACUUUAUAUUAUGUGGAAUGUGUGGAAUUAUCCGUGUUUAUUCCGUACAUAGUACUUCAUGUAGGUACCUAUAUGAUUAACUAUAUUAUAAAAUCUCGGUCAACAUACUUUGACUGGAUAGCUUAUUUUUUGGUAGAAUAUUAAAAAUCUGUUAAUUGUACCAGGAAAGUUGAAACAAAAGCUAUUUCUCAGUGUAAACAACUUGAACUAUGACAUCAGGAUGUUGAAUGACCAUGAAUCAAAGAAGUGAUUCUAUUUGUACAUUGUAUGUAGGUAUUACAAAAUAUCUUUAUCAAGUUGUUCAGAUUUUUGGGAAUUCACAAGUUAAAAUGUUGUAGCAUAUAUAUGCUAUAAAAAAGAGGAAGCAUCUAUCAUUUUAUGUUUAUAGUGCAUGGCCAUUCAUAAUACUUAGUAUUGUGAUUAUAAUUUAAUUAAAAUCUUCUAAAAUGUGAAAUCAAACAUCGAUUGCGAAUGUUGCUGUUUUUCCACAGAUUUUAUUAGGAAAAUAUUUUGUGCCGCCAUACUCAACUCUUUUUCAAAGUGAUUGACACAGUUCUAAUUUCCUAACAAACACUACGUUUAUAAAUUAAAUCUGCAUCCGCAUAUGUAUAAUAAUAGCAUCCGCAAUUGUGUUUCGACUAUUUCACAUUAUAUGAUUUGAUCUCAUAUACUAAUAUUAAUUUGGCGAUUAUCGAUUUCGCAAUUUUUGUGUAUUCGUGUUUAACAAAUCUAAUUAAUGAACACAUAAUCAUCACAAUGAUAUCUAAACCUACAUUUUAGGUUAAUAUAAUGAAAAUUUCUUUAAGUUGAAUUUAGUACAAAAAUGUAUAAAUUAAGUUUUAAUACUGCAUUGUAAACAAUGUACUUCUUAAAUUAUCAAAAUUAAAAUGCAAAAUAUAUAGACUGUGCAAUAAUUGGAUUUAAAGAUAAAAAAAGAUAAAAUUUUCUGUAACACAUUCUUGACUUGUCUUUGAUUUAAUUUCAUAUAAUAUGGUUAAGCAAACAGAUGAGAUUUAUUAUUUUAUGGUAAUUUGCAAGUAUAAUUUGUAUUUAUUGUACAAAUAAAAAUUUUGCAUUGAAAUAAGCUUUUUAUUGUUUACUCCCACAUCCUUAAAUUUUAACAUGAUAUUAAAUGUGUGUAUGGAGACACAAAUGUUCGUGUGCCUCAGACAAUAUACAUUAUAUGUAUAGUUUCAUGUAAUAAACACAUAAAACUGAGAAAAAUAAAAAAAAAACAUCCAAAAUAGCACCAAUUUUUUAGAAUAA